CUUUAUACUCUACUGUGUCGUUCCAUUUAAAGCCCAGUUAAUAAUUGUUUUACAACAAUGUCAACAUACGCUUCCAAGUCCCACAGACACCGAUCUAAGAGUCCACCAUACUCUAGCUACAAGAGAAAUCGUUCCAGAAGUCCAGAGAGGCGUAAAUAUAAUGACAGAGAAAGAAGAGACGGAGGGCCAACAGACAGAUAUCGUGGUCAGUGGAGUGGUGGUCAACAUGAGGGACAGAGUGAAGCCUUUUAUGCCAGCAUUCGAGAGGGGAGAGAGAAGGUGGCUGUCAUGGGUGUGCCUGAGGUGUGGGCACUCUCACCUCCUAGACCAACUGUAGACUCUGAUGACGAGGAGGUGAUAAAACGUAGAGAAGAAGCGAGGCUGACUGCUGAAUUAACCAAUCAGAUGUCAGGUGACUCAGACAGUGAAUCUGAGCGGAGAAGAAAGAGAAAGAAAAAGAGAAGCAAAAAAUCAUCAAGACACUCUAAAAAGCAUAAGAAGAAGAUACCUGAGCCGAUAGAGAGCUCAGAGGAAUCGGCCAAUGAGAGUGGAGUUGAGGGAGAGUGGGUAGAGAAACGGCUGCCAAGGGAUGGAGAUGAUACAUUUGUGGGUCCAGUCCCAGAGAUCAAAGUCCAGGCCACUAACGACAAGAAAGACUUUGGUGGUGCCCUGCUACCUGGAGAAGGAGAGGCAAUGGCUGCCUAUGUGGAGGCCGGCAAACGUAUCCCACGCAGAGGAGAGAUUGGACUCACUUCAAACGAGAUCACUGUCUAUGAGGAUGUUGGCUAUGUCAUGAGUGGUAGUCGUCACAGGAGAAUGGAGGCUGUUCGUUUAAGAAAGGAGAACCAGAUCUACAAUGCUGACGAUCGCCGGGCACUGGCCAUGUUCAACAGAGAGGAGAGGUCCAAGAGAGAGAAUCAAAUACUCUCAGACUUCAGGUCCAUGGUGCACAACAAGCAAAGCAAGAACUAAAACUGAAAUGACUCAUGUUUCACGUCAAUUAUUCAAUCAUGUGCAGUAAAUGUAUAUGUAGCUAAUAUUAUUUCAUGCACUUCCCUUAAUUUAAUAUGUACGUCCUUUUAAUGCGUAUAAGCAUGACAUCAAUAA